AUGGAGACUUUGGGGCAGCAGGUAAACACCAGCAACCUUGGCCAAAUCACCCGGGCAGACGAGGCUUUGGUUAAAGCCGUGGUGCCCAUCUUAGACGGGCUGAUCCUGGUGACUGGCCUUGUGGGCCAAACCCUCGUCAUCAUCAUCCUCACAGGCAGGCGGAGGAAAGAAAGUCAACCCCCGCAUGGCACAGACACCCUCCUGCUUGCCCUGAGCGCUGCCGACCUGCUGCUGCUGCUCUGCCUGCCCUUCCACACCUCCGCCAUAACCCUGGGUUUCUGGCCGUUUGGCAGCUUCCUGUGCAAAGCCAUCAGCUUCCUGGGCGUGGCCUGCUCCUCCGCCUCAGUCUUCACCCUGGCAGCUUUGGCUGUGACGCGCUACCUCAUCGUGGUACACUCUGCCUGCGCGUACCGUUUGCGAAUGCACAGACGCAUAAAGCUGACAGUGGCCCUGCUCUGGGUCCCUGCCUCGACCCUGGCGGCGCCGCAGUUCGCCUUCCGCACUGUUACCGUGUCCAGUGGCGUUUACUGUUUCGCCUUUCUGUCUGAUUUCAGCCAGCUAGUUUACAGCAUCGCUCUAUUCCUGUUUGGCUUUGCCCUACCUCUAGGCAUUAUUGUGUUGAUGUACGCCAAGAUCUACUGUUUUCUUCGACAUGCGCGGCUGCUGGGGAACGCUCUCCAGCUUGAACGCUACCAGAGUCAGGUCACUCACACCUCAGCUCUCCUGGUGCUGGUCUUCACUCUGCUGUGGCUGCCCUCCUACGCCCUCAUGUUCUCCUUCAUCGGCGGAACAAUAACAGACUCGCCAGGCUACAAUAUCGUUGCCAUCCUGGCCAGACUGCUGGCAUCCUCAGUAGCCGUGGUGAACCCUGUGCUGUAUGGAUUUAUGUCUCAGAAGUUCAGGCGAGAUUUACUGGAGCUGGGGAGAGAGCGCUGGGCCUGGUGCAAAAGCUGCCUGAUUGGUUGUCCUCAGGUCCUGAGCAGAGACAUGGUACAGCCCUUUGAGCUGGACACCACAUCAGACAGAGGACAGAGCUGAGUGUUUGACCAGGAGGGA